AAUUUUUUUCACUGCGUUGCUAAGACAAACUUGUCAGCUAAGAAGUUUUGUUUUCUAACCAUCAGAAAACAAAAUUUAUGAAUUGUUGUUUAUAAUGUUAAACAAGUUAAUUGUAUUUCUACUACUCAUAGAAAGAGAGUUAUUUAUCCAUUAUUAUUCUGUCACAUUACUUUUUGUUUCAUUGUACAGCUUAUUCAUGAAGGGACUACAUUUUGAGUAGACAACUCAUGUGGAUAAAAACAUUUUACCACACACAAAAUGGGUGAAAUAAUAAGACAAUGGUUAUUUCGCAAAACAGGAGUCUUAAUUAACCUCGAAGAACAAGAUUUUGGGUUGAAUUUCAGUGAUGGUACUUUAUUAACUAAACUUCUACAAAGUUAUAGCAUCAUAAAUGCAGAUGUUGCAGAAACUAUUAGACCAACUGAAAAUCACAAUAUUAAAGUAAGUAACAUUUAUCGUUUGCAAAAGCUAUUAAAAUUAAUAGGGAUUCACUGCAACAAUACAACUGUUGAAGAAAUAGCUUUAGGAUUUGACACUACAGCUUUGAAACUAAUUUAUGAGUUGUUUAUGAGUUUAGAGGGUAAUGAAAAAUCUUACUUCAUUGCUCAGAUGAAAGAAACCAAAAGUGAAAAUUCUAGUUUGGAAUUAUCUUUUGAGACAGAUCUACCAUAUCCAGUCACUAAACAAUGCCCACCGGUUAACAAUAUCAAUGAAAAAUUAAAUAUUUUAGAAGGGCAUCAGAAUCGCUAUAAAGCCAUAAUAAAAAAAUGUAAGAAUGCAAAAGUAGAAGCAAGAGAAGCACUUAGAAAUCAAUUAAUUUAUAAAGAUCCAUGUGCUACUGAUAACACCCCAAAACAUAAGAAACAAUCAUUGAAAGAGAAAGAGAUACAUAUCACCAAAAUAUCCAUGGAUGAUUUUUCUCUUAAGCACGAAUCAAAUGAGAUGGAAUUAACCUAUGAGAACUUAAUACAAUUGAAAGAGACAUCAGAAAAUUCUGCUUUGAUGACAGCAUCAAAAACAAAAGCUAAUGAACUUUUAAAUUUGAUCAGACAACGUACAAGACGAGAAGCUGCUAGCCAAGCUUUUAGGCACAGCAUGCGAACCCUUCUACUUACAGAAUUAUGGGAUCGUUUGUUGGAACAGUACGAAAAAGUUUUCGAUGAAGGAGUCUUACAGAAAUUGCUAAGACAAUCCCUUUAUGAAAAACAGAUAGCAACAAAACUUUUGCUUGUUAGGCAUGAGCAAAAAACAAUUGCACAAAACAGGAUCCGGAGAAACAAGUUAAUUUUGGAUAGGCAACAAACAGAGUUGACAUUAGAUUACUUAAAAAAGAACGCAGAAAAGGAACUUGAAACAUAUGAACUAAAUAUUGAAAAAAAGAGGAAGUUAGAGCUUCACAGGAGACUAUAUGCUGAUAAACUUAAACGUAAGUACGAGAAACAUUAUUCACUGUGCCAUGAAAUAUUAGAUGCAAUUGUUGAUUUGUCUGUUAAGUCAUCAUUAUAUCAAAAAUGUUUUGAUUAUGAAGUACCAAGUAAAUUGUGGGAGGAAUGGAAAUUAUCAUUCAUUAAAGGUUUACCAAUAUUUGAAAAUAUUGAAAAUUUAGAACUCAUGCUUAACGAAGAGUAUCAAGAAAACCUUGACCCUUCAGUUACAAUUGAAGUGGAAAGAAAUGAAGUUUUGAUAGAUCAUGAAUUUAAAGAUUACAUGAAUUUAUCAGGGCUUUGGUCCUUAGAUGAAUUAAAUUCUGACCUGUUGAGCUAUAAAGAGGAAUUAGAAGUUCUGGGAUUUGUGGUUCACAGGCUUCUAGCUACUAAGUACCCCAAACCAGUUCCAAAAAAACUUGUAGCUCUGCCAAACGCUAAAGUAGCAGCAGUUGUUGUCGGCAUGGAUCCUGAUCAAACUCUCGAUGUGUUACAAGAACUCCUUCACAGUAGAGGCAUUGUUGUUGUCACGCUAAAGACUGUAUUAGAUGAGUCUGUCAGAGCAUACCACAAAGAAAUACUUGCCAAGCGUGAUUUUGAUGCAAGUACACUAAACUUGUACAUGGCUUUAAAUGGUACGCCUAACACAGAAAAACCUACAGUGAAUGAAAAUAAAGAUAAAAAUACACCACUUAAAUCCAUGUUGGAAAAACUUAAUGGCGUGACUAAUGAAUUAGAAGGAAUUGCUACUGUAAAAGAUAAAGCCACUCAAACACCAAGAAUAGUACCUUACGAUGAUGACACGAGCUAUCCGUCAAGAAAAGCAGAGUUAGGAAAGAUCAUAUAUGAAAUUCUCUUACAAGGACAACACAUACCAGACCAUUUACUGGUGGAUAAUUUGAUUGAGUUCCUUCGAGAAAAUACUUCGGAUAGUGGCUGGGUGCUUAUAAAUUUCCCAUCCACUUAUCAACAAGCGGCUUUCAUUGAAGAAUCUAUCACAGGGCAAAAACUUCCACAGAUUUCCAGUCAAACUCAGACUGCCGCAGAAUCAAAUGAAAACAUCGAGAUAAUAAACAGUAAAUCUCCAGGAGAAGAACUGCAGUCAUCACAAUCAUUACUGCUUCCUAACCCAAUUCCCGAACCAAAAACAGAGCCCUUUAGGACAUAUUUCAGUGUCUAUGUAAAACUGGAAAAGACAGAAGACGAUCCCGCCAAGUUUCAAAUCCUUUUGAACAGCGAAGGCUCACCGAUAGAAAAUAUUUACAGAGAACAAGGUGUUAUUUACUCUUUUAGUUACAAAACAUUCAACUUUGAUACCAUACAAAAUUUGGCAAAGUUGGUGAUAGGUGAAAGGGAUCCACCUUUGAAAAGCUCUGAAGAAUUAUUCGGGAAAGCUUUAGAAGAUGUAGCUAGCAAGUUUUUUCCUCCAAAAAAACCAGACAAGACUAGUAAAAAACUCCGGAAGGAAAAAUCCCCUAAAACAGUGCCCCAGUCUGAAGAUCAACCACAGAUUCCAACUAAGGAGAAAAAAUCUUCAAAAACGAAAAAAAAGAAGAUCCAGUUUAAAGAAACUGAUUCGAAGGGCAAAACCAAAAAACUUAAAACUGACAAAAGCAAAAAAAGAAAACAUGAUGGUAAAACAGAUACGAAAAGCAGUGAUGAAAUCAGUAGUGAAAAAAGUGAAGGCAGUACGAUAACAGACGACGAAAUCAUCCAACAGGAAACAGAAGCAAAGCCUGAAGCUAUCACUCAAACUCCAGAUCAAAAACCGUUAGAAUUAGAACAACCACAGGAAGCUCACCGGUUUGUGGAACCAGACAUCCCAUCAGAGUUUCAGGUUGUUUUAGCAACAGUGUGGGAAACAGCAGAGAAGGUGUAUAUAGAGACAAUGAAGCAGGUGUUUUUCCUCAUGCGCAUACAUCGUAGCACUAUCGCACCAUACGAGAAGUUCAUCAGAGACAAGUUCGCUGAAUUCAUUAGACGACCAGAUGAGAAGCAGCAAGUGGUCUCCAAAUUUCAAUUGCAAUUCAAUGAAGUCGAUGAGGAAUUGAGGGAGUUUGCAGAAAUGAAGAGUGAGCUUCACUGCAGGCUCCGGAAAAGGUCCACCAUGGCUCCAUGCUUGAAGUGGAACCCGGAUCGCCUUGGCGAGACGCUCGAGUGCCAAGCGGCUCCGGGCGGGCGUGUUUCCUACGGAGGUGAUCUGGCGCGGUGCAGGGUGUGGGAGCUGGAGAGCCUGCUGACCAACGCCUGCGACACCCGCGAGCAGGAGUCGGAGGCCGAGCGCCGGAGGGUGGCGGGGCAGAGCUGGGUGCCCGGGGAGCUGGCCGUCCUCGGAGGGGCCUACGCGGCGGGGGCACAGGCGGAGGUCGACCGCGCCAUCGACACCCUCCAGCUGGCAGCAGACUACUACCUCGCCGCUCUCGGGAAGCCCCCGCCCCUGCCGCGGCUCGACAGAGUGGCGUUGCUGCCGCGGGGUAGCGACGGAGAGUCGCCGUGCAACAUCCCCACCGCAAGUGACGCGCCCUCGCGUCGGCCCACUCGCAGCGAGCGCUCCGACGCCAGCAGCAAGCCCUCGGCAGUCACCAGGUGGCUGCUGGACGAGCUCAACGGAGCCGAGCCCCCGCUGCAAGGCAACGAUGCGUUCACCGCCAUCGACGCUGCGGACAGGGUCCUGGAGGCCAGCGCCGGCCUGGUGCGCGACCUCGCGUCCCGGGAGAAGCACGAGUUGGGACAAAAGAUGGGCGGAGACAAAAAAAAGAAGACGAAGAAACGGCCCAAGCGACCGGAAAUUCAAAGUUUGGACGACGAAGCCAACAAGGCAACAUUCGAAAAGAGAGGUCGUGUGAUUGAAGAAUGGGAGGAGGCUAUUGCCAGUGAAGUGAACCGUGCAACUUUCAGGCUGAAAUUGCUAAGGAGCAGGGCUCGUAGGGAUCUUACAGAGCUACUCACUCGAAUGCGGAAAAUGUUUCAGGAUAUCCGCGAACAGAUAGCUCAAAGGUACGAGCGCGAGGUCGGCGCGGUGCAAGCCUUGUGCGAGGUGUUGCGCGCGGCCGUGGAGGAGGAGACCCCCUUGCAGCAGGAACUGGUGCUGGAGCAAGACCGCUUCCUCGUCAGGCUCGACGCGCUCGUGUUCCCGGACCCGCCCCCUACGGCGGCUACCCGGGCGGACGAGCCCAGCCCGGACUCCACCUUCCGCGUCGACCAGCUCCAGUGGCUCGCGGCCACCUUCAGGUACCAGACCACUGGCCGCACGCGUGGCUCGCAGUCGAGAAACAUCAGGCGGUAA